UUGACUAAUUGUUUGAGAACGAACGAUUUUAUGGCACCUGUUUUAUCCGCAUAAAAAUAGUAACUCUAAUCUCACCUUAUCAUUUUCAUUUUAUUGCCUACAAUAAGUACACUGUGAUCCCCAAAAGCAAUGGAAACAGUUAAGAAGUUCAAACUCAUUCGUGAUAUUCGAGCGGAAAUUACAGAUCCUCAAAAGACUUACGAUGACAUGAUGCAUCAGUUGAACUCCGUCGCUCAAAAGUAUCUCGGAAUGGACACCCUACAUCUCGAAUUUUCCUUCGUCAAUCGCCGCUUCAUAUUUCUCCUAGCGAUAAUGAGCACGUUUCUGUACGCGGAUGUAGAAUCCGCUGUUUUGGCUGGCGAUGUCGGUGAGGUUGCGUACAAUAUUGCCGUUUUGGGCUUCGGUCUGCAAGGAUUCGCCAAGUUUGAUGCCUACGUGUAUCGUAAGGAGUCUAUGCAUACACUUGUGUGGCAGAUUAGUGCUUUUUUGAACAAGAAGAAAAUGUUCGACGGCUUGAACGAAAUCGUGACCGCAAACGUGGCAAUCAUGGUGCUUCUGAAGAGAUUCUACAUUGGUCUGUAUGGCUUCGUCUUCGUCAGCAUGAGUUCGUUAGGUUUGAUCUCAUCGUUAUCUAGCGGAGAACGUCAGUUGUCGUUUGGAUUUCAGUUCUCGUUUUUGGACACAUCCAACUGGGUUGGGUAUUUAGCGACGUACAUCUACCAGGUGGCUGGCAUAUUGAUGGUGGUCAUAAGUUCGUGCUGUAAUGAUAUACUGAUUGUGGUUUUGUACAUAACUGCUAUGGGAAUGUACGACUGCAUGAUGUUCGAUCUGAGGGAGCUGUCUAAAUUGUCGCAAAUGGAAAAGUCCUCGGCCAAUAAACGGAUUGCAGAGGAACGAAUCAAGUCGGUCAUUCAACAACACCAAGAGGUGCUGGAAUUCCUUGAGCUCUCGAAUGAAACUUUCAGUUUGUACUUUUUGAUGAGCCUUGUUUGUAUGACCACUGCGAUUGCCAUUUUGUUGGUCGCCUUGGUUUGGAAUCGCUGGUAUGCCGGUCUCGUGAUUUGCUUCGCAGCCUCAUCCCAAAUUUUCGCGCUCUCGUUGCUGGGAACACUUCUAUUGGUUAAAAGUGAAGAACUGAUCGACGAGGUUUACUCAAUAACUUGGUAUGAUAUGGAUCUACCUGUUCAACGGUCUUUGAAACUUUUCCUGCUAAUGUCCCAGCACGUUAAAGAGAUAUCCUACCGCUUCGGUGUUAUGAACAUGGAAACAUAUGUACAAAUAUUGCCUUUCCGGUUGCAACCGCCCAGAUCAGAAAUAGCUUCAAGCCGUCCGUACGAACCAGUUUUAUGACCCGAAACCGUAUAUAAAUUUCAGCUAAUACCCUUCCCAAGGACCGACUUUUCCGCACGACGCGGGCGAUGAUUCUUGAUUGGGCAUCUCCAAUUUCUUGAUUGAAGCUCACAUACCACCGAUCCUUGUUGCAAUGUGCAGGGGGACGACCAUGAUAGGUGCCUGCAGCCUAUAGGGUGCGGCGUAAUUUUCGAAUGUUUUGAAUUCAAAUUGCAUUAAAAAGUGUGAGCUAAAUAUAUUAAGUUUGUGAGAAAUCAAAUUUGUCUAAAAAUUAAAAAAUAGUUUUAUUUAAAGGUAGUUUUCUUCAUUUUUUCAAUUUUUCAGAGAUUUUGAACUCUGUUGUACUUUAUCAAUAGUCAACCGACUCCAAAUGUUUCUACAUGAUUUAGAAGAUAAUUUAAUUGUUUCUAAGCUGUGUGAAGUAAACAUAUUAUUAAAAUAUCGUUUUGACUUAAUUAUUUAACAAACAAAUUAUGUUUUAUUUGUUUUCGCCUGUAUUUACGUUUUUUUUAUCGAACAAAGGUUUAUAAGGCAUCUUUUAUAACUACGAGCUUAAUAGUACCAAGACCUUCUUAAGAAUUCAGCAAAUAAGAAUGACCAGAUCUUAGCAUAACGCUUGACUGGCAAUAAUUUGAAGAACAUUGGUUUGUUUUCUUUAAAAUUAAUGUUUUUCUUCAUUUUAUGUGAAAAAAUGAGCCAAAAUGGUUUUUCAAACACAUAGAAAUUCCAGCUAAGUCUAAAAAAAAAAGAGGCUUGAUAAUCUUCGAUCUCGAUUUGUACCAUGAUUCCAGUAUGAGCAUGAGCAUAGAUGACCGUACAAUUCGUUGUUGCUACUCCGUGAUUGAUCAAA